UUUCCGAUCGAUUCUAUCAACCCUUUCGAUAACCCACCGAAUUCAAUCAGCACGAUGUGUACUCUACUAGCAAGCAUCUUGAUGGCCAUCCUUUCGGCCGUAGCAGCUGCACCUUCGGGCUGGGCACCCGGUGCAGCCCUUGCAGGGCCAAUUCUUGGUGCCGCAGCUCUAGCCGGUCCGGCUCUCGGCCCAGCCGCCCUUUCGGGACCAGUUGUUGGACCCGCUCGAGUAUCCGGAGCAGUCGACGGAGGUGCCGUCGUCACUGGUUCCAUCGCUGGACCCUCUCUAGUUUCUGGUAGCAUCGCUCCUGGCACCGCCGUCGUUGGACCUGCUCUUGGAUGGCCAGCUGCUGCAGCUCAUGCUCCGCUUCUUGGUUUGGGAUGGCCUGGUGCGGUUCUUGCUGGCCCAGCGGCCGGACCCGCUGCCCUAUCCGGGCCCAUUGCUGCACCGGCCCUCAUCGCUGGACCUUCCGGUAGCAUCGCAGCCGGAUCCGCUGGUCUCGGUGGAAUAAUACGUGCUGGCCAUUACUAGUUUCAACUCGGUUAUACAAGAAUACCCGACGACUAUUGACUGAUCUCCUACGACCCAUGCCAUUUUAAAACCGAACACACAGUGAUC